AGUUUUUAACUGUGUUGUGUGGAAUCUCAGGGAGGUAUCUGUAAUUUAUCCAAAAUAAAAAGCGCGCAGACACACGUAAGAAGAGCUUCAAAGCAGGGAUUGGAGACACACAAGAGCAAACCCAUUUCUCUCUCUUGAAUUUCUCUGACGACUCCGUUUUUGAUUCACUUCCAGUCGAAGACAAAUAUUUUUUAUGGCUAUUGCCCUGAAAUCAGCUUGCUUCUUGCAAUUGAAGAAACCAGAGGUCAAUUUCCAGGGCUUUCUUCCCUCCAAGAGAGCUAUUGUUUCAGUAAAGAGGUAUACUCCAGUGGCCGCUAUCAAGACGAUGGAAACAGUUGGGCUCUCUGAAACCUUCACUAGGCUGAAGAAACAAGGAAAAGUGGCAUUCAUUCCAUACAUCACAGCUGGUGAUCCUGAUCUUUCAACCACAGCAGAAGCACUGAAAGUUCUUGAUUCAUGUGGCUCCGACAUAAUUGAGCUAGGUGUUCCAUACUCAGAUCCUUUGGCAGAUGGUCCUGUUAUCCAGGCUGCUGCUACUCGUUCUCUAGCAAAGGGCACCAAUUUUGAUGCUAUUAUCUCUAUGUUGAAAGAGGUUGUUCCACAAUUGUCUUGUCCAAUUGCACUUUUUACUUAUUACAAUCCGAUACUGAAGCGUGGUACUGAGAGAUUUAUGUCUACCAUUAGAGACUGUGGUGUUCACGGACUUGUAGUUCCCGAUGUUCCUCUGGAAGAGACAAAAACUUUAAGGAUGGAAGCAAAGAACAAUGGAAUUGAACUGGUACUCUUGACCACACCUACCACACCAACAAACAGAAUGAAAGCCAUUGUGGAUGCAUCCGAAGGAUUUGUGUAUCUUGUGAGCUCAGUGGGUGUCACCGGAGCCCGAGCAUCGGUUAGUGAUAAGGUUCAAACUCUUUUGCAGGAAAUCAAAGAGGCAACAACUAAGCCGGUGGCAGUUGGUUUCGGGAUAUCAAAACCUGAGCAUGUGAAACAGGUAGCAGGAUGGGGGGCAGAUGGUGUGAUUGUUGGAAGUGCUAUGGUGAAGCUGCUUGGUGAGGCUAAUUCGCCUCAAGAGGGAUUGAAAGAACUCGAAAACUUAACCAACUCCUUAAAAUCAGCACUUCCUUGAAAUUAAUUAGCUUUUAAGCCCAGAAACUUCAAACUAGUUGUGUCUGCAUAGAUAAUAAUGGUUUGAGUAAUUGGUAAUGAUAAUAAUAAUAAUAAUAAUGGAUUGAAUAAGGAUUUAUUUUUCUUAUAGAUGUGAAAUUUUAUCCGUCUCCAUAGUAAAGCCAUAGUAUCAGGAUGGACAAGUAGCUACAACUUAACAUAAAAUUAUAUAUACAGAUUCAAAUUUCGUUGUUGUUCCUGUGCUAGAAUAAGUUAA